UUACUCUUAAAAAUGGCUACAACAUCAAAAUCAACAGAGGAUUCUACUGAAUCAAAAUCGGAACCAACACAAUCAGCUACAAUUUCAAAUAAAGACCAAUCUGUGCCUCUUAUUGAAAAAAAUUCUGAAAAGGUUGUUGCAACUCCAAAGAGCUCCCCGCCAAAAGAAAAAAUUGUCCCAGAAACUUCUGCUACAGAAGAAAUUAAAAUUGCAGCAGAAAAAACGGCCAAACAACCUCCCAAAUUGGAUGAUUUUUAUCAAUUGGGUCGGUAUACUUAUAUUGUUUGUAUUUUUGCUGAAUUGCUUAUUUUAUCUCAGGUCGGAAAUAUGCUCUAUAUGACUUAUGCUGGUGCUGCUCCUUCUCUUGUGUCUUGUGGAAACCACCAAUUUGAAGAAAAAUCUGCGAAAGAGCGUUGUAAUGCUUUGAAUGGAUUAUUUGGAGAUUCAAAAAGGUCUAAAAGUCUUGAUUGUGACAAUUCUACUUUGAAGUGGAAAAGUCAGUUUAAUUCCGUCAACGUUGAAUUUGGACAUCAUUGUGAAUCCCAACUCGUCAAGUCAACAAUUUCUUAUCAAAUGGUUGGUGUUAUUAUUGGAUCAAUGGUUUUUGGAUAUUUGAGCGACUCUUAUGGACGAAAGAAAAUUAUGUUAAUCGCCUUAAUUUGCUGUAUUUUGUGUAUGGUGGCUACCUCUUUUACUAAUGAUUUAAUUUCGUUUACAAUUGUUCGCUUUUUUGUCAACUUUUUCAAUGCUGGCACAAUGGUUAUUCUUGUUGUUUUUACAUCGGAACAUUAUCCAAACAGCCAUCGUUUUUGCCUUUCUAAUUUAAUUACAUGGUCUCCCAAUUUUGUUUUCUUUGCAAUAAUGGCUUGGGCCGCUGGUGACUGGCGUAUUCUUCAACGUGUUUCAGCCAUUUUUGCUUUACCCUGCAUUGCUUUGCUUCUAUUUUUGUCUGAAUCUCCGCGUUUUCUUAUUCAAUCUCGACAAAUUGGGGAAGCAAAAAAGGCGAUUAUUCGAAUGCACAAAAUUGAUGGACGUCCUUAUGAUGAGGCUGUAAUUGAUUCUGUUCUGGAAGGAUUGGAAAAGCAAUCUAUGGAGUCGUCUAAUAAAAAUAAAAAAUAUAAUUAUCUUCAUCUUUUCUACACUUUGAGGUUUACUCGCUACACUUUAGCUGUUGCAUUUAGCUUUUUGGUUGUUUCUUUAAUGAAUUAUUCUCUUCUCUACAACAUGGAUAAAUUAUCUGGUUCACUUUUUAUGAAUGGAAUUUUUAUGGGAUUAUUUCGGUAUUCAAUGAAUUUAACUAUUGGAUUUUUGGAUAUAAAUGUUAAAAGAUUGGGAAGGAAAUUUGCCCAUUUUAUGGCUGAUGCUUUAGCUGCUUUUGCAAUUUCAAUUUAUGUUGUUAUUUAUCUUUUGGAUCUUCAACACGAUUAUUCCUUUAUUUCUCGUGCCUCAAUCCUUUCUGUUAUUGGUUUUUGUUCAAUUCUUUAUACAACUAAUGGAUUGGCUUCUAAUGAAUUAUUCCCUACUGCUAUAAGAAACACUUCAUAUUCUUUUGGUCAGGUGCUAAGCCGUAUUGGUGUUGUUUUGGCUCCUCAACUUUUUGUUUUGGGAAAUAUUUGGGAACUCUUGCCUUAUUUAACUUUAUUGGUGUUAGCUGUUGCAGAUGCCUUAUUUUUCCAGUUCAAUGUAUUUGAAACUAAAGGAAAGCCAAUGCUUUCAAAAUUUCCAUCAAAGGAAGAAAGAAUUUUUUACGGACGUAUUCCUUUUCGUAGAAGACAAGAAAAGCGUGAUGUUGAAUUGUUGCCGAGAGAAGGGAAAAAUGAUAAUGUUUAA